AUGCUCUGGCUGGAUGUCAUUGGCAUUAGAAUGCGAGACCUUGAAGAGCGCAGUACUCAAAUCAAGAUGAUGGUGAAUAUCUAUGAGUCCGCGCCGGAAACUAUCGUAUGUCUCACCGAAGCAGGUGACUGCCACCACGCUAUGGAUCUGCUUGGGGAUGAUGAUAUCCAGAGGAGUUUGGAUCCUAGUGCGGUCGGAAUAUCCUCGGUGGGUACCCCAGUGGAAGCUCUAACGGGUUUCUUCGAUCAGCCCAAUUGGUCAAGAAGCUGGUCCAUCCAGGAGAUUGUAGUCUCUAAGAAGCUUAUCGUAAAAUGGGAGACCACCGAAAUUCCAUGGAGUUCUAUUAUAGAUUUUACAAAACUACGCAAUUAUCUCGAAGGCUUGCUAUUCCCCCCCCCCCCCCCAAAAAUUCGGUUCGCAGAGAGUCCCGAGGAUGUGUUUAGUUCUGGCUGGGAUGCCAUUGCAGCAAUCCGAUAUCUCCGCAGAAAACGGAAUGCCAGAAAUGAAAUUUCGCUGACAGAAUUGCUCUUUGUCUCACGCUAUCAUAAGGCAAGGCUCCCGCAAGGAAGGAUCUACUCAAUUAUGGGCCUAGCUACCGGGAAUCAGCAAGGUGAUCCGCUUCUUCGAGAAGACUAUAGUCUCACCUUCGCUGAGAUUUACGUCAACGUGGUAAGAUAUCUACUUCUACGGUACCGAAAUCUUAACCCGCUAUCGUUUGCUAGCUCGUAUCGUUUGACCGACAUUCCCGAAAUACCUUCGUGGGUCCCGACCUGGCGGAGCAAUAUCAUAGAGCCGCUGUCCGCUGCUGUUGCACUCUCGGGCCAACCCCCUCUCUACUCCGCGGGCAUCAAGUCCCUCUCCCCGAAAGAUAGUCAGAUAGAGUUCUCCUCAAAUUCUGCCGAUCUGAAGAUCUCGGGUUUCUUGAUCCGUCGUAUAGAGCAACAGUAUACACAGUAUGACAUCUCAACACGUGAAUACAACUGGCAAGAGAUCGUGCCAGAGUUAUUCCCAGAUUCUUCUAGCAACACCCCAGACGCGCAAAACUCUUCGGAUGUCGUUGAGGCCAAAUGCUUUAGAGCACACUGUGCAGAUCAGGUUGUGGGACCUGACGGUCAAGUAUACAGAUUGGGCGCCUUUGAACCAUCGUACGAGCUUCUUAAGCAGUCUCGGUGGUUGCGGGAAGAUCGAGGAUCCCGAGUACCAGUCCGGGCUAUGUUUCUCUCGGAAGGCGGAUACAUUGGCUUGGGGCCCGCUGCGGCCCACCUAGGAGAUGUCAUCGCGGUGCUGCUCGGCGCUUCUGUGCCCUUCAUUCUACGACCAACGGAAGAAGACAGCGAGUAUACGCUCAUUGGCGAAGCAUAA